ACUGCUACACAUUCUCUCUCUACCAAUUCACCCAAAAAGAAGAGAGAGAAACUAAAAAUUCUCUACAUUUCUCUAACUCUCUAACAAUGGCGGGUCGAUUACAAUCUCACCAAUUACCAAGUGGACUCUACGUUUCAGGUAAACUCGAACAACCUAAAGAACGACCACCGACAAUGGCGGCUCGUGCUAUGCCUUACACCGGAGGCGAUAUCAAGAAAUCCGGCGAGCUCGGAAGGAUGUUCGACAUCUCCGUCAAUGAUCCCACCUCGUUUCAAAGACCUCCGUCGAUUUUCUCCGGCGAAUCAGCUAGACAGCCACCGCCACGUGUCCCCUCUGCUUCGUCUUCGAAUCCGAAUAGUGGAUCCGUUCGAUCCGGAUCUCAAUCGGGUCUAAUUAGAAAAUCUUCAGGUCCUCUUUCUCAGCUUCAACCCACCGGUUUAAUCACCUCCGGUCCGCUUAAUUCGUCCGGUCCAAUUGGGUCCGGGUCAAGAAGGUCGGGUCAGAUUGAUCAACAUCAUCAAACGAGUAAUACAAGAUCGAGCAAACCCAAGUAUGGAUCCGGUGUGACGGUUUUGAACUCGGAUCCGAUUCGGGUCGGGUUUAGAGUACCAAAAGCUGUGAUUUGGGCAGUGAUUGUAGUUGCAGGGAUGGGUUUAUUAAUUGGUGCGUUUUAUCUGUGGCGAAGAGGGUUAAUGAGUUUCAUCAAGAAUCAUCCAGAUGCUGUGAUUAGAGGCGCCAUUGAUGGACAAUUCAUCAAGGUUGUAACAUGUGGAAGUAUCCCGCUUGAGUCGUCAUACCAAAGGAUACCGAGAUGUGUUUAUGUAUCGACGGAAUUGUAUGAGUACAAAGGUUUUUGUGGGAAAUCCGCUAACUUGAAACAUAGAUGUUUUUCGUGGGGAUGCAGACAUGCUGAGAGAUAUGUAUCGGAUUUUUACAUUUCGGACUUUCAAUCCGGAUUGCGAGCACUUGUUAAAGCAGGAUAUGGAUCAAAAGUUUCUCCAAUUGUCAAACCAACAACAGUAGCUAAUGUAACCUCGCAAACUAAGGAUUUAUCUCCAAGCUUUCUACAAUGGUUAGCGGAUCGCAACCUUUCCAAUGAUAACUCUGCUAUGCGUCUCAAAGAAGGAUACAUAAAAGAAGGGAGCACCGUAAGCGUGAUGGGAAUGGUGAGGCGACACGACAACGUUCUGAUGAUCAUUCCUCCUGCGGAAUCAGUCGCCACUGGCUGCAAAUGGUGGCGUUGCCUCCUCCCAACUUAUGUGGAUGGCCUUAUCAUUACUUGUGACGAGAAUCAGAAUGCUGAUGUCAUUCCUGACGACUCAAAGCAGGCAACUGGUGUCCUCUCCACCGUAAAUGCUUCGUUCUUAAGAACACGUACCGAGUUGUUCUCAAGCUUGAACUCUUUGUGGAAAGCUCCUGUCUUUUACAUACAUUCCGUGGAGGCUACGGCAAUUAAAUUACCGAGUAGAAGCUCAAACAAGGUUAAUAUAUCAGGACUGAUGAGUGUUGCACAAGGAAAUAGAACAAGUUACGAGCCGAAACAUGGAGAUCUCAUUGCUCUCACAAAAGCAGCAAGGCCAACACGCGUGGAUGACUUAAACCCACUGAUUCUUGGAUAUGUGUUCUCUGUUGAAGAUGAGCUACAUUUCUCUGUUCAUUCCUCCAAAACUAUAUCCAUUGAUGAGCAAUUUUCGUUUCGUUCGGGGUGUUUUUCUUAUGAAUUUGACCACAAACACUCGUAUCUGGAAGGCUUUGCACAACGGAGAUGCCAACUUGAGUCUCAUCAAGAGUGUCCUUCAAGCAAAUACCGCGAGCAGUCUGUUUCUUCUAGGAAUUGGGGGAAUGAUGUAUCGGGAAUUAUGCGGUCUGCAAACUUGAACACUUCUCAGGAAUCUGCAAUUUUGAGUUGCUUGGAGACAAGAAAUUUACGUGACAAGGCUAGUGUGAAACUGAUUUGGGGACCACCUGGUACCGGCAAGACAAAGACAGUUGCUACUCUUCUGUUUGCUCUUCUCAACCUAAGUUGCAAAACAGUUGUGUGUGCUCCUACAAACACGGCUGUAGUAGAAGUUGCAUCGAGGCUCUUGGCGUUAUUUAAGAAAUCUUCUUCAUCAGAACAUUCUACUUACGGUCUUGGGAAUAUUCUUUUGGUCGGAAACCGAGCUAGAAUGGGAAUAGAUGACAGGGGGAAUGAUGAUCUCCUCAACGUGUUUCUUGAACAUCGCAUUAGUAAGUUGCGUAAACUGUUUUCGCCAUUGACUGGAUGGGAACGGAGUUUGGAGUCAGUCAUAGAUAUUCUUGAAAAUGUGGAGUCUAGUUAUAAGAAAUAUCUCUUGUUAAAUGAAAGAAGGGAGAUUAAGGUAGAAAGUAAAAACAUUCUUACAACAUUUGCCCGUCAAGCUCUUCGCCGAGCCAGAUCUUUCUUGCAGGAGAAACAAGGAAGCUUCACAUUAGAUUGCUUUAACAAACUCAUCCGUGUUGAUUGCCUUCAGACUCUACGUUUGCUAUCAAAGCGUUUUGAGAUUCCAGCCUCGUUGAUAAACGAGGAUAUAAGGACAUUCUGCCUACAAAAUGCACACAUAAUCUUCUGCACUGCCUCGGGUGCUGCAGAAAUGACCGCGGAACGAACAGGAUCCAUAGACUUGCUUGUAGUUGACGAGGCGGCUCAACUUAAAGAAUGUGAAUCAGUUGCUGCAUUGAAACUUCAGGGUUUGCACCAUGCUGUUCUAAUAGGAGAUGAGCUUCAGCUACCAGCAAUGGUGCAAAGCGAGGUAUGUGAGAGGGCCAAAUUUGGGAGAAGCUUGUUUGAGAGAUUGGUUUUGAUUGGCCACAAGAAACAUUUGCUUAAUGUUCAAUAUCGUAUGCAUCCCUCUAUAAGCCUUUUUCCCAACAUGGAGUUUUAUGAUGGUAACAUCUCUGAUGCUGAGAUUGUUAAAGAAAGCACCUAUCAAAAGCGGUUUCUUCGAGGAAACAUGUUUGGCUCUUUCUCGUUCAUCAACGUGGGACUCGGGAAAGAAGAGUUUGGUGAUGGACAUAGUCCUAAGAACAUGGUUGAGGUUGCCGUGGUUUCUGAGAUCUUAACCAAUCUUUUCAAAGUGUCAAGUGAGGCAAAGACGAAGAUGAGUGUUGGUGUUAUUUCACCUUAUAAAGCUCAAGUUAGAGCAAUCCAAGAGAGGAUCGGAGAUAAGUACACCUCCGUAUCAGAUCAGCUUUUCACUUUGAAUGUUCGGUCGGUGGAUGGGUUUCAAGGAGGAGAAGAAGACAUUAUUAUCAUAUCCACCGUUAGAAACAACGGUAACGGAAACAUAGGGUUUCUCUCUAACCGUCAAAGAGCCAACGUUGCACUGACUCGUGCAAGGCACUGUUUAUGGGUGAUUGGUAACGAAAGAACUUUGGAGCUGAGUGGUUCGAUUUGGACAAACUUGUAAGGGACUCGAAGAGACGUGGAUGUUUCUAUGAUGUUGUUGAUGAUAAAAAUUUAAGAGAUGCCAUGAACAAUGCUCUUCCCAAGGUCGACAUGUCUGAUGUGUGGUCGAGUUUUCGAUCUCUUUCAAUCAGGAAAGAAAGAAGAAAUGCUUGGUAGCUCU